GUUAUGGGAAUCUGACGUAAUUUGUUUCGAGCCAUCUCGAUGAGGCGACGACCAUGAGCUGGCAAAAUUCAACAAGUCGUGUCCCGUCUGACGUUUACCUUCAGAUCAUAAAUGAGCCAGAGUACUGGCUGACUUUAGCUGUGGUUGGUUUCGCCUUGUCAGCUGUGACUGUGGUUGCAAAUUCUAUAUUGCUAGCAACCAUUUGGCACGAUCCUUUGAGGUCGCUUCGAACUCCGCCAUGUCUGUUGAUCGCGAAUUUAAGCUUGGCAGAUUUGCUUGUGGGGUUGUGUGUAAUCCCUAUGGUGACGUUAAGGGAUGUGUAUCGAUCUUUCCUACAAAUGGUACCAUUGCCGUCAAUUGUGGGAACUAUAACAUCAUGCAUUCUGAGCGCAACACUCUUUGUCAGUAGCGCUACCAUCGUUGCGAUGUCAGCAGCUUGCUUUUACGCCAUCGACAAUCCCAUUCGAUACAAGACAAACAUGACAAAGAAGAGAAUUUACUGGUUGAUAGUCAUGGUAUGGAUAGCAUCAGUUCUUAUCUGCUGCCUUCCGGUGACGACUAUUCCUGAAAAUACGUUCAUGCUCAUAUAUAUGCACACUCACAUAUCUCUGCCGGCCUUGCUUCUCAUGAUUAUCUACAUAAAAGGUUUUCGUUCCCUUUCGCGCCGACGCCGAGAACUUCUCCAAAGUACGAACGCGUCGGUCAGAAACCACAAGCUCGCUUUGGAACGUAAACGAAACAUGGCUGUGAUAGUGACGACAAUUCUAAUGAUGUUCUACAUCAGUUACCUCCCACGAUUUAUAAUUUUUCAUCUGGAGAACUUUUGCAGCCCUUGCCAAAUCAACGAAGAUUCAAUAAGGUUUCAUAAAACCGACGUGAUUACUUCGCGCCUUAUAUUCUUCAAUUCGGCUAUAAAUCCAUUUGUUUACGCUUGGAGAAUGCCGAAAUACCGCCGAUCUCUGGUAAGCUGCUGGAAAGCUCUCCAAAGUAAACUAAAGUCAACUUUGAAGCGUUAAUUACAAGGUCGUUACGACAAUGACAAUUAAUGGAGUCUAAACUUUUUUUAAGCUUCGUUCAAUUUGAAGGGAAAAAAUGAUAAAAAACUAGAAAGCAGCGAACUUUUGUUCAUGAACUGACAGUAAACCUAGAGGAAUUAAUUCCUUUAGAAUUAUGAGAAGAGUUUUCUGAAUUAAUUACUCCAACCGGCGGACAAAGUUCAUUUGAGGCUCCAAGAGAAGUUUGAAAACCGCUUUUUUGGUGUGUGAAUCAUGUUAGGAGUGUUUUUUAGAAAGCUAGGGUUAAAUGUGGUUAAGAUGUUAAGGAAAUACCACGGAAGAACUGCCAUUCGGGGGACAUAACCGAAAAGUUCAGUAGCCAAAACAGCGGAAACCAGAACAGCAGCAGCCAAAACAACAGCCUCGUUAAUUUCAAUUAUGAACGAUAAAACAAUGAAUUGAGGUCUACUGGUUUUUUAAUUAGCAUCUAAUGACCUCUAUACAACGCUCCCUAUGAAUAACAAGUUAGUGAGCAUGUUCAAGCCUUAUCACUUUCAGCCAAACAGGUUUGUUUAUCCAACAUAUUAUCAGCGACUGAUAACAUGUAGGUUGCCAAAACAAGAGAAAAAAGAAACAUUUAGGAAUUAAGAAAUAUUGUUAUGUUGCGUUUCAUUGAGGUUACGUGAUUUUACGCAAUAAAAUGAAGUGCAUUCUUUACCUCCGGAACUCCAUUCAGUUGAGAAGCACGAAUUCGUUUUUCAUAGUUGUACGUGACCAAGCCUACAGUAUACCCAUGAAAAAAUAUUUUUAAAACGCUUAUCAGUUUUUCACUUUAUCGAGACACAAUAACUUUCAAGUGGAAUUUUACGAGUUUUGACUAUUUUGUUCCGUGAAUCA